GGAAGCAGGAAAAUGACCUUGGAAGAAGAACCGCUAUGGACUGUUUCUGCCUGGGACCAGAUCACAGCAUUUGUUAGACAGAUUGUAAUUAGUGUUUGAACUCAUGAGUAAAGCAGUUUUUUUUCGUAGACAUUUUUUUUGAGCAUUUUAAUGCUUUGAAUUAGGACACGCAGGCUCAGGUGUAUUGAUAGUACAAUUAGGAACCCAGUGUUUGGAGUUAAAGUAUGCAUUGAUUAAUCUGAUGUAUUGUGUCAGAGCACAAAGCCUUGUCUGCUUCAUCUAGAGCGCCCGCCCAUUGGGCUUUCUGCGGAGCGAUAGUGGGAGAUUGAUUAUAGUCUCCGGGAUUUGCCGUGGAGAAAGCCAGUGCCUGCUUGGGCUGAGAUUUGCUCUCCUAUCAGCGAAAGGGGAGGAAAAUCAUAGCGAGGACUUAUUACAGUCUGACUCUACACCAGCAGCACUCUCUCAGAUCCCCUUGUAUACAUUCAGCCUCCUGUCUGUAAUCAGGUUUUCCAAAUACGCGCAAGUCACGCUGGACUUUUGUCUUUUAUUUCCGAGGAGGCUGCGCGUGUGACUCGCCUCCGCAGUCUCGGAUGCGUAGUAAACGGGGAGUGGGUUGGGUCGCACCAGGCGCCUGGCAUACGCUCAAGUCGUCAGCGAUAAAAGCAAGAUAGGUGAGGGUGAAAUCGAGGGGAAGCGACAUCCGAGGCUUUCCCCCCCCAUCCCCGUUUUUAAAUUAGGAGGACGCAGAAGAGGUGAGUCGGACACUGGGCAAACCGCCUGUGUGGAUUUGACUUUCAAGAAGACCCGGCCGCUUUUCUCACCCGGGAUUCGGAGAUCUUAUUUCUGAUUCAGGACCAGCGGUUAACCACACUGUCAAACCCGACCAGACACCCCCCUCCUCAUCUGAAGGGAAUAUUCAAGUGUAUCUGCGGGGCAACACACAAUGGCAACCGGUGCGCUCCUUCUUGCCUGUGCGCUGCUUGCCGGUGUUGCCGUGGCUCAGAGAGUGGUAACGGUGCAAAGUGGACCGCUGGUACGGACUGAGGGCUCCCACGUGACCAUCUUGUGCAACGUGACGGGCUACAAAGAGGGGAUGGAGCAGGACUUUGAGUGGUCCAUGUACCUGCCAUCAGUGGCGGACAGGGAGAUCCGCAUCGUGAGCACGGCUCAGCCAAACUAUGCCUACGCCGUGUAUGCCCAGAGGGUCAACAGUAAAGAGAUCUAUGUGGAGAGGCUGAGCGGCGACUCGGCUAUGCUCCACAUCACCAAAGUGCAGGCCAAGGACCAGGGUCUGUUUGAGUGUUACACACCCAACACGGAUGGGCGGUACCUGGGAUCCUACAGCGCACGCACCAACCUCACUGUCAUCGCUGAUUCGUUGACGGUAACGGCUCCAGCCCAGACUCUGUCCAAGGUAGAAGGCGACACGCUACAGCUUACCUGCGAGGUUUCUCGGACCACACUGCAGCACACUCACUUAUCGGUGGGCUGGUACCUGCGGUCCCCAGAGGAUGCGGCCGCACCACCUCAGGAGCUGGUCACCUUGUCAAGGGAUUUUGUUCUGCGCUCUGGCGGACCGUACAGGCAGAGGAUGGCGGCAGGGGACCUCAGGCUGGAUAAAACCAGCGCUACAUCCUACAGGCUGACCAUUCACAAGUUGCAGCCGGUGGACCAGGGCCUGCUGUACUGCCAGGCUGCUGAGUGGAUUCAGGACACCGACGCCAGCUGGUUUGCCAUGACCCGCAAGCAGAGCGACAAGACUCAGCUCCGCAUUCAGCCCACUGAUCGGGACUUCAGCAUCCAGGUGAGCACGGAGCGACGGUCCUUCACGGCCGGUGAGCCGCUGGAGCUUCGCUGCACCAUUGAGGCCCAGAAUGUCCCAGAGCGCUUCUUCUCGGUGUCGUGGGUCUUCAGCAGCUCACCGGUGGCCGUGGUGGGCCCCAGUGCUGUGCCUGUCCUGGGCCCCGAUUAUGUCGCUCGCGAGGCGGCUGGCCACAUGACCGUACGCAAAGAGAGCACCAACGUGCACUUGCUCAAGCUGCAGCACCUACGGCCCGAAGAUGCUGGGAAAUACAUCUGCCGCGUGACAGAGCGGGAGAAGACGCCCACAGGAGACUUCAUCGACCGCAGCAAGAGGUCGCGCAAUGUCCAGAUCACAGUCCAGCCGCUCAAGAGCAACAUCACAGUUUCAUUGUCCAGCAACACUUCUGAGGUCGUAGAGGGCGAUGUGAUCCAGUUGACCUGCUCGGUGUACUCCACUACUGGCCCCCUGUCUGUUGUCUGGCAGUGGACAGACACGCAGGCGACUGGAUCGACCCUGGAGGUGGCCUCGGUGGAUCGGGAUGGCGCUUUAUGGCACAGCCCCUCCUACAGAGAGCGCUCCAGCUAUGGGGAGAUACGUGUGGAGAAGGUGCAGGCCGACACGUUCUCUCUGUCCCUGUAUAAUGCCUUACCUGGGGAUGAGGGCCUUUACCGCUGCACAGCAACUGAGUGGCUUCAGACCGGCACUGAACCAGAGCUAAACUGGGAGAAGAUAGGAGAGAGGUCCGCCACCAAGACGGUCACAGUCAAGACCGUUGAAUCUUCCUUCAUGGUGUCGGCCUCAUCGCGGACGCCGUCCGUUACCUUCGGAGACUCCUUUGACCUCCUGUGCCUGGUGAAGCCCCGUCACAACCCUCGUGUCCCCACCUCCGUCACCUGGCGCUUCAUGCCGACUGGCACAGACGCUGGUGAUGAGGAUGAGGGAGAGUUCAAAGAUCUGGUGACUUUCACCCGCGAGGGCACGCUGCAGUGGGGGGAGCAGCUGCUGGGGCUGGGUACCCGCACUACAGUGGACCGCUCUCACUCCAACACCAACUUCCGGUUGUCGGUGACCCGGGCAGGGCGGCGUGAGGCGGGCAAGUACCAGUGCACCGCCGUCCUGUGGAGGAAAAACUACGACAACAGCUGGAGCAGAGUAGCCAACCGCACUUCCAACCUGCUUGGCAUCAGUGUCCUACAGCCAGAGAGCAAGCUGCGAGUGCAAAAGACCAACCAGUCUCAGGUGUACCUGGAGGAUAGUCGUGUCAGGAUCAAUUGCUCCAUCAGCUCCCAGACCAGCCAGGAGUCCCAGCACGCUGUGCUGUGGUACGUGAGGCGCGCCACUGGGUCAGAGGCGGACGAGCUCCUGCUGAGGAUCGAACGCUCGGGGGCCUUUGAGUACGGCGCCUACGCAGACGAGGAGAGACUGCAACGCCGAGUACAGGCCGAGAGGCUGUCUCCCCGACUCUAUGUGCUGACCAUGAACAGGGCAGAGAACAGCGAUUCUGGGACAUACUACUGCCUGGUGGAAGAGUGGCUGAGUGACCCCGAUGGAGCCUGGUACCGACUCUCCCGGGAGUCCUCUGGGUUCACACAGGUUCUGGUCAGACAGCCAGAGAUCCGACUGCAAGUGGAGGAAUUGGAGUCAAACGUGACAGUAGAAGAGUCCGCCUCUAUUCGACUGGGCUGUAGCAUUCCCUCGCAGUCGUCCCGAGACUCCCGCUUCUCUGUGUCCUGGUAUGUGGAGCGCUCCGAAGAGGAAGACGAGGACGAUGAGGAACAGCCGGGUGAGGAAGACAGAGAGUGUGUGUUCUCCAUCGGCCAUGAUGCCGUUUUUGGAAAUGGAAACUGCAGCCCCAGAGAGGAUCCAGGGCCAAAUUCCCGCCUGCAGUUUGAGAGGACGACCUCUGACCAGUACAGCCUUACCAUUCAAGGAGCGCGGCCGACAGACGCAGGCCGAUACUACUGCCAUGUUGAGGAGUGGCUGCUCAACCCCCGCAAUGCAUGGUACCGCCUGGCCACCAACAACUCUGGGUUCACUAUCGUCAAUGUAAUGCAACAAGUGUCCACCCUGCAGUCAGUGGUGUGCUCCAACGACUCCCUCUUCUACUUCGUUUUCUUUUACCCCUUCCCCAUCUUCGGCAUCCUCCUCAUCGCCGUGCUGUUAGUGCGCUACAAGAGUCGCAACAACAGCAAGAGCCAAGAAGGCAAGAACGGCGCCCCCCUCCUCUGGAUUAAAGAACCUCACCUUAGUUACUCUCCCACCUGUCUGGACCCACCUGCGCUCAGCCUGCACCCCGGCUCUGUCGACUAAGCGAGGGCCCCCCUGCCUCGCCCACACCCGGGAUCCAGCCAACACAAUGCCAGGGAGGAGAUCUGGACUCCACUUUCAGACCUUACUGUCGUUCACUGCUGUUGAGUUAGUCAAUCAGUUGAUCAGUUUAAAAAUCCCUACCCUGGUGGCUGCCUGUUUUACGUUAACAACUGUGUGUGUGUGUGUGUGUGUGUGUGUGUGUGUGUGUGUGUGUGUGUGUGUGUGUGUGUGUGUGUGUGUGUGUGUGUGUGUGUGUGUGUGUGUGUGUAUAGAAUGGGUGUGCCAUGUUAGCACGAUUAAUUGUGCGAGUGCGAGUUGAAGGACAAGAGAGUAUCAUGAGCCUUUUGCAUUUUAGUUUUCUGUGAAACUCAUAGCUGCAUUUUGAUUUUUAUUACUCUGAAUAUUUGUCUAUUUUUCAAGAGAGAAAACUGUGCACAUGAGAUUGGCCAAUCCGGGAAGAACAUUUAAGAGAAGGAACUCUAUAAUGGACUCCGGCACUAAGUUGAUGCCAAAAAGUCUCCACACUGAUCCAAGAGCAGCCACAGCCUGGCCCACUAUGUUGGUUGCCAUAGUGAUUCUCUGCUCCCACUGACUCCGUAGCUUAUGACUUGGUUGCCAGCCUGCAAAGAGACAAAGGCAAGGACACACAAGUCAGUGUCCUAAGCGAGGAUGUGUGUAUGUGUGUUGGCCCACCUGCCUCCACAAUGAAUUUGCCUUGGCAGACAGAAACAGGUCCUCUUGCGCCACUUAAACACUGCCAGACACUCUGGCCUUAGUGAGAGACUGCUCCGCUGUUCUCCUCCAUCCUCUUCCUCUACGAAAAAACACAACAAGAGAAAGAGAGGUAGGAACGUCAGAAAUGAUGGAGAAUAAAUGAACGGCGCGCUCCUGCUGAGGAUAUACGUACUUGGACAUAAGGGAUUUUUUUUCAGUGCCAAGACCUCCUUAUUUCCAAGCUGUUCUCUGCAGCUAAUGUUUGAAGUUUUAAAUAGAGUUGGAAAGCUGAUUGGUUUUCAAGCAGAUUGUAAAUAUGUCUGCUUACCUCCUGCUGUGGGUUUAUAGGCCUUGAGGGCAAAAGGGCAAUUCAUACACUCGUGAUAAAUCAGUUGAAUUGUCCCGCUUAAAUCACACAGUGGGGGUUAUUGACUGAAAUUAAAUUCUUGCACAUUUCUUUAAGUUCCCCAGUAUGACCACUCCGUCCAGUCUUUAAAAGAUAUUAUAAGAUGCAUAUUAGUUUAAAAAAAAAAAUACUUUUGAUUUGUUAAGAGCCACACUGAAGAUUACUAAUGUGUAGAUGUGUAGUAAAACACUUACUAACGUUAUCUGCACAUUGUAAGAAAACAAGUUAAUGAGCGGGGCAAAUGUUUAACUUUUGUGUUUAUUUUAAAAUUUCUAUUUAUUGUUUUUUACUACUUUGCAUAGCUUUGUAAGAUUUUCUUUUUGCUUUGAAAUUCUCUAAGAACUGUGCUGCUUGUGUUGCCAGGCAACUGCACCAAGCAGAUUGUGUCAAUAGGCUGUGUGUUGGCAAUGUGGUAGAUGUAGAAAUGCUAGAUUUGUCCUGCGCAUUGCAGUCUGUAGCAUUUCGAACCAGAUUGUUACGUUUGGUCAGUGUCAAAACACUGUAUAUCUAUUACCUAUAAUAAAAAUGACUGUGGCUUUACACGAACAAUAGUUGAACAGACAAGUCAGAGAAAUGAAUUCACUUAAUUAUUUUUGCUUGAGUGGCGUUUAUUUAGUGAAAUGUGAUGUAACACCUAGGUAGGAUGUUUGAUCAAAGACAGCUGAAACUGAACUGUUCCAACGUCUUCUAAUCAUGGAUUCUAGCUGACGGCGUCAUCCUCAGAUGCCCUGAUGCAAGGCAGAAGGGUUGAGAAUAUGUGCCACCUUCCCCUGGAUUACGAAAGGAAAGGUGAACAAUCGUCUUCCCAACCUGGACCCAAUCCUUUCACUGCCAGACUGGACAUAAAAACUCUUGAAAAACUUGACAUUGUUGUCUCAAUCGUGUCAACAUGUAUAUUGCAUGACAAUACUGCAGGAGGAAUUUUGAUGUUUUGUAAACUUUGAACUCUUUGAGCAUUGUGUUUGUGUGACAGAGCAGUGCCCCCCCCCCUUCCCCCUCUUCCCACACCUACCGACUUCCUGAGCCUAGAGUCAACACAAAGUCCAGUCCCUCGUCAUCUACAAUAUUUGACUGCCAAUUCCAGAUGCCCUUUGAAACCUGUGAAGUAAUCUAUUUCAAGAAUGGGUGUUGUGGAGAUUGUGUUUGAUAUUAAUGCUCAUAUUUGUCUUUUUAAUGCUUUGCUUUUAUGCAGCACUUCAUUAAACAGAUUUAUGUCAAAAGAAGCCAAAAGUGCGCAGCUGAUACUGACACAAGCCUCAGAGUUCUGAGAUUUCAACUUCCUUCACUGUUUUUCCAGGUAACCAGUCCAUUUCAAGUCUACACUGUUCCACGUGGAGUAAUGCCGGUGCUUUUUAGUCGGGAGUUAGAAAUGUAUUGCACAUGCAGCAAAUUCAGCUACAACUAGAUGUGUCUUUAAAAGAAAGGCCCAUUGAUUUAGCUGCAAGUCCACUCAUUAAUAAUGUGUUUAGGAAGUGUUUUAAAUGGGUACAAACUAUCGGACGUAAGCGGCGCACAAUGGAAAGUAGUACACAUACUGGAUAUUACAAGCUCUGAAGCAGUUAAGGAGGCAACAUUGCGACCAUCAAAGUCUUUGUCAGACAAUUUUAAUAAAAUGCCACCUCCAGUUAGAAAAACACACGAUACAUAAAAUAAUUCCCAUAAGCUAAAAUAUUAUCAACUAUAUACAUAAACCUUCGUAGCAACUAUGCUAAAGCUGGCAAUUAGGCUAUGCAGGAGAAAUAUAUAUACUGUAUAAUACACAUUUUUUGACAAAUUUACAAUGGCAGAAAUACGUACAGUAUUGUGAUUGUGCAUGAGAAAAAUUGCUUUGUGAUUUUUAUUUUUGUGAUCUCCGCAUUGGAGGUGGAGUAGUCAUUUCCUCUGUAUAUAUUGCCUGUUUUUUUUCACAUGGGUGUUUGCCUAACAAAGACCUUGGUGAUCGAAAUGUUGCCUCAUUAAAUUGCAAUAUUCAGUGUGUUGACUACCUCUCUUGUUCCGUUAUAAACAGUCUUUAGCCUCCUGUUGCUAUUUGAUGUAAUGUUUCAAGUCAAAGUAUAUACUGUAUUUUAAAAAUGCAGGAAAGCUGUUGUUAGCAUUUUCUGGUCCGAGUAUCAUCAGGAAUAAUUAAUGGAGCUGUUGGAAAGGUCUUGUGUGAUUUGACAGUAAUGGUUGCAUAUCUUAUUGACUUGCAUUUGCAUUGUCAGUAUAUAGUAAUAGGGAGCUGAUUUCAGUUUUUCAUAAGCCGAAAAAAAACGACAGGAGCGUGUUUGUUGGCUGAAUGAUUGCCUUUUUAUAAAUCUUGAACAUUCCCACAGAUGCAGGUUGUGUAAAUGGUGCCACUGAACAGCUGAUUCAGCUUCAGUGUUUAAAUGACAUAAUCCUGAACUUUAUUCAUAAAACAAAAUACAUUUCAUCCUUCGAGACUUGAGUCAGGAAGUCCAGGGCGUGGUGUGUGAUGUCACAGCGCCACGAUCGGGCCUGUACAGUCGAAUUUUAAAUGCCGUUUUUUGUAGUAAUAAUAACGAAAACCAUUCAUAGCUGCCUCCCAAGAUUCCUCCGAACGUUCUGACAGUGUUGUAGCUGCAUUUUGAGGGCUGCAUGUAUUGGCUGUGUGCUGGCUCCAGAUUUAGCUGUAAGAUAGUUUGUGGUGUUGUUUUCAGUUCAGCCAGUAAUGCUUUAUUUUUAGUGAUGUAUUUUUAUAUGACCAUGGUUUGGUUUGUUUAUUUUUUCAAUUGUUGUUCUAUCAAAUAGUUGCCAUUGUGACCAUUAACAAGGCACUUUGCUAUUGUCAGUUUAUUGCAAUAAAAUACAUUCAGUGCA